AUGACUGUCCAGAGAGGGUCCAGUGUGAGAGGCACCAACUACACAAAGCCUAGACCUUUUUCCACAAACAACCCAUUCAGAAACGCAUCCUACGAUUCAAACAUUGGCUCGAGAACAGCAAGCCAGAACUCUGAACAACAACAACAUUUCAACAACUGGGUCGCUAAGAACCAGAGUCAAUUGAGUUUCAGUAGUGAUGACGAAGAUGGCGACCUGUUUAAGGUUCCUCAGUCCAUCGGAAGACCAACAUACCAAAGAACACAGUCCAACAGUUCAGCGGGUAGUGCUCACUCAGCUAGAGGAAUCCCACCGUAA